AUGGGUGGCGUUACCGUUCGAGAUGUCGAUGCACAAAAAUUCAUCGAGGCAUAUGCAGCAUUUUUGAAGCGACAAGGGAAAAUCCGUGUACCAGGUUGGGUUGACACAGUCAAAACCUCGCACUCAAACGAACUCCCUCCCCAAUCUGCCGACUGGUUCUACGUGAGAGCUGCCUCAGUCGCCCGACAUGUCUACCUGCGGAAGUCCGUCGGCGUCGGCCGUCUCCGAAAAGUCCACGGCAGCACAAAGAAUCGCGGUUCUCGACCCUCGCACCACGUCAACGCGUCUGGCGCAGUUGAUCGCAAAGUCAUGCAAGCUCUCGAGGAGUUAGGCAUUUUGGAGAAGAUUGAUGAGGAUGAAGAAGGCGGUAGCGGAAAGGGUGGACGAAGAAUAACCCAAGCCGGUGCACGAGAUCUGGACCGUAUUGCGCAGACCGCUGUGGAGGGUGACGAGGAGGAAGAGGACUAA